AUUCCUUCAUAUCCUUACAUUUGGAAGCAACAAGUAUCCAUUAAUUGAUACCCAAUGGAUUGAUACUAGUAAAUAUUGCAUUCUUGUUUCUCUAGUUUCUCUUUCAAUUCAUUUACGUUAUAAAUAUAAAGAGUCCAUCCACCAUUCUUCUUGCACUCGAGUUUUCUUCUUCAUCCUCUUAAGGUUUCAGAAUCGGUACUAUCAUUCUUGGUUAAAAUGGGAACUCGGUUCCAGUCCUUGCUAGCGUUCUUGCUUUCAUGUUUAAUCCUUAUAUCCGCGGCUUCAUCAUCUGAGCAAAAAGGCGAUGGAACGCUUAGAAUUGGAUUGAAAAAGAGGAAACUAGACAGGGCCAACAGGCUAGCUUCUCAGCUAUUCUUGAAAAACCGAGGAUCUUGGUCUCCCAAAGAUUAUUUUUGCCUGAACGAUGCGAAUUCAGACAUUGUUCCACUGAAAAACUAUUUGGAUGCUCAAUACUAUGGUGAGAUUACCAUUGGUACUCCACCUCAAAAGUUUACAGCGAUCUUUGAUACUGGAAGCUCCAAUCUCUGGGUACCAUCUAGUAAUUGCUACUUCUCGAUUGCUUGUUAUUUUCAUUCAAAGUACAAGGCUAGGGACUCAUCCACUUACAAAAGGAACGGAAAGCCUGCGUCAAUCCGCUAUGGGACAGGUGCUAUUUCUGGUUACUUUAGCAAUGAUGAUGUUAAAGUUGGUGGUCUUGUUAUCAAGGAUCAGGAGUUCAUAGAGGCUACUAGUGAGCCUGGUAUUACAUUCUUGCUAGCCAAGUUUGAUGGUAUCCUUGGGUUGGGUUUCAAAGAGAUCGCUGUAGGAAACUCAACUCCAGUUUGGUAUAACAUGGUAGAGAAAGGUCUGGUUAAGGAACCUAUUUUUUCCUUUUGGCUUAACCGUAACCCGGAAGAUCCAGAAGGUGGUCAGAUUGUUUUCGGUGGAGUUGACCCUAAGCACUUCAAAGGAGAGCACACUUAUGUUCCAGUGACACGUAAAGGUUACUGGCAAUUCGACAUGGGUGAUCUCAACAUUGCUGACAAACCAACCGGAUAUUGUGCUAAAGGUUGUUCUGCCAUUGCUGAUUCCGGAACUUCUCUUCUCACCGGUCCAUCGACUGUCAUCACAAUGAUCAAUCAUGCCAUUGGAGCAGUAGGAAUCGCAAGCCAAGAGUGCAAAACUGUAAUAGGUCAAUAUGGACAAACCAUGUUGGACUCCCUUGUCUCUCAGGUGGAUCCGAGGAAGGUAUGCUCACAUAUAGGACUCUGCGGUUUUGAUGGUACACACAGUGUGAGUAUGGGGAUUAAGUCGGUUGUAGAAGAUGGAGUAUCGGGUCUUCUAAACGAAGCCAUGUGCAGCGCUUGUGAAAUGGCAUCUGUGUGGAUGCAGAGUGAAUUGUCUCAGAAUCAAACACAAGAACGCAUACUCGCUUAUGCUGCUGAGCUUUGUGACCAUAUACCAAACCCAAACCAACAAUCAGCAGUAGACUGUGAGAGGGUUUCUUCAAUGCCAAUAGUAACAUUCACAAUUGGUGGGAAACCCUUUGAUCUCUCACCGCAAGAUUAUAUAUUCAAGAUUGGUGAUGGAGUUCAGGCUCAGUGCACCAGUGGUUUCACAGCCAUGGAUAUACCUCCACCUCGUGGACCUCUUUGGAUCUUGGGUGACAUCUUCAUGGGACCAUACCAUACUGUGUUUGAUUAUGGGAAAACAAGAGUUGGAUUCGCCAAAGCUACUUAAAACAAGGAUCUCUUCUUUUAUUACCAUUUAUUUAUAUGUUUCUGAAUGUGUGUUUGAACAAUACGAAAUGUUUGUAAUAACUUAAAAACCAUUGUUAUCAUCUUAAUACAGAUUCUUAUUCGUUUUCA